CCCUUUUUCACGUCAAUUGAGUCAUUUUGUUGGAUUCUUUUCAAUGGAACAUUGGAAAACGGCCUUGCGCUUGGCUUUGCUGUCUUUUGUUGUCCUGCUCGAGGCGCAAAGGCGAACGCACGAACAAGACGGCGACGGCGGCGAUGGCGGCGACGGCGGCUGGUCUGUUGUCAAACACACUCGGCUACACGCGACUUCAUGAUGUUGGAAUUGGCGUCCACUGCAGUACACGACACCCGAGGACGCUGCGGUCAUCUAGGAUAGCGAGCCUCCUACCGGAGUCACCACAUACGCCAAUCAAGAGACAGAAGCGGCAAAAAGAAAGAGCGUUCAUGUCGGAAAGUCAAAUCAACGGCGAGAAAGAACAACAGUUAGGGUUUCAAAAUGAGGGUUGGAAAACGGCUUUACGGUUUGAAAGUAGGGUUUUUAGUCAAGUAAAUGCAGACUUUGUGUGGAACGCUUUGACUUUUCCAACUUGGUUGGUCGUCUCGUCAUUAAAACGCAUUAAAACGUCGCUAGAAUCUUCCGGAAAUGAUUCGGCCGCAUCAUCGUGGAAUCAAAAGAAUCGGAAUGAACCACGUCCAUGACUCAAAAGUCGCGCGGGUCCCACUUGAGCGUAGAUGACGAAGGUCCGUGUAACGUGGACGUGUUGGACGGGUCUUCGCUGUCACUUCGUCACUUCCUGGACAGUUACGCGUACAGCAGGCCGGCGGUCAUCACGGGACUCACGGAUAACGCCAAAUUCCGCUCUUUGUGCUCCAAGCAGAAUUUACUUCGCGAAUACGGCGAUCGGCAAGUUCGUCUGAGUACGGCCAACACGUAUUCGUACAGGAAAGCGGACGUGUCGUUCCGGCACUACGUGGACGUCCUCCUCGGACCGCAGUCGCCCGAGGUCCUCGGCAGCGACACGUUGUAUAUGUUCGGCGACAACAACGUGAGCGAGUGGCGGAACCUUCUGGACUUUUACCGGCCGCCGCCGUUCUUGCUGCCCGGCACCGGCCGAGCGUUAAGCUUCGGCGUCGCAGGUCCGGGAACCGGCGUCCCCUUCCACUGGCACGGACCGGGAUACUCGGAGGUCAUCUACGGGAGGAAGCGCUGGUUCCUGUACCCGCCGGAUGAGGAGCCGCCCUUCCACCCCAACGCCAGCACCCUGGCGUGGCUGAGGGACGUGUACCCGCGGCUGCCCCCGCGCCAAGCCCCGCUCCAGUGCACCGUGCGACCCGGACAGGUUCUUUACUUCCCCACGCGCUGGUGGCACGCCACGCUCAACCUGGAUGCCAGCGUCUUCAUCUCAACCUUCCUGGGAUGAGGAUGACGAGCGGACACUCCAGCACCUCAGUAAUCGACUGAUGACCGCUGACCUUUUUGUGACUUUAUUUGACUUUUAUUGUGACUCAAUAACAACAAAAGUGGACUUUUUUUUUUUCUCUGCUCUUGUGAAAGGAAUAAAGUGUGUCAAAAGCAAA